UUCAAAUCCACAUCUAUUUUCUUUCUUGAUUUUAAUUUGGGGCCAAAUAUUACACUUUUUUAGUGUUUUUUUGUCGAUCAAUGGCAUCCGGUUCACUAAGCGCUCACCGGUCCAGUUCAUGGACGCAACAAGAGAACAAGCUUUUCGAGAAGGCGUUGGCCCGGUUCGACACUGAAACUCCGGACCGGUGGCAGAACGUGGCCCGGGCCGUGGGUGGUGGGAAAUCGGCGGAGGAGGUGAAGCGCCACUACGAGAUUCUCAUAGAGGAUCUUUGCCGCAUCGAUUCCGGCUACGUUCCCAUUCCCAAGUAUAAGAAAAACUCCAAUUGAAUAAGGCUACUCAACCUUCUAAAGAUGUGACGGGGCACCUGAGUUAUUAUAGAGCUUUUGCGGUGAAAUAAGAAAGAGUGUAUUUUAGUAGGAUGAUUAUCUUAAGUAGUACAAAAUUGGCAGCAAGCAUGCUAAUUUUUAAUUGUAAUUUUCACGAAUUUCAAAUAAUAUAUAUAUAGUACCGUACGGUUCUACUUA